GUCGGUGUUGGCGCGAAGGUCCGCGAAGCAGCCCUCACGCAGGGACAGCAGGAAACAAUAGAGGCCGCGCGCGGAGAGCGAGCGUUCCGUAGCUUCCCCGCCCCUCCCGCAAAACGGUAGACCUCGGGAUCCCCCUGGCUUUCCUGCACGCCAUGGCCGACAAGGAAGCAGCCUUUGAUGACGCAGUAGAAGAACGCGUGAUCAACGAAGAGUACAAAAUAUGGAAAAAGAACACCCCUUUUCUUUACGAUUUGGUGAUGACCCAUGCUCUGGAGUGGCCCAGCUUAACUGCACAGUGGCUUCCCGAUGUAACCAGACCAGAAGGGAAAGAUUUCAGCAUUCAUCGACUUGUCCUGGGGACACACACAUCGGAUGAACAAAACCACCUUGUGAUAGCCAGUGUGCAACUCCCUAAUGAUGAUGCUCAGUUUGAUGCUUCACACUACGACAGUGAGAAAGGAGAAUUUGGAGGUUUUGGCUCUGUUAGUGGAAAAAUUGAAAUAGAAAUUAAGAUCAACCAUGAAGGAGAAGUAAACCGGGCACGUUAUAUGCCACAGAACCCAUGCAUCAUUGCAACAAAGACUCCAUCCAGUGAUGUUCUUGUUUUUGACUAUACAAAACAUCCUUCUAAACCAGAUCCUUCUGGAGAGUGCAACCCAGACUUGCGUCUCCGUGGACAUCAGAAGGAAGGCUAUGGGCUUUCUUGGAACCCAAAUCUGAGUGGGCAUUUACUUAGUGCUUCAGAUGACCAUACCAUCUGCCUAUGGGACAUCAGUGCUGUUCCAAAGGAAGGAAAAGUUGUGGAUGCGAAGACCAUCUUUACAGGGCAUACAGCAGUAGUAGAAGAUGUUUCCUGGCAUCUGCUCCAUGAGUCUCUGUUUGGGUCCGUUGCUGAUGAUCAGAAACUUAUGAUCUGGGAUACUCGUUCAAACAAUACUUCCAAACCAAGCCACUCAGUUGAUGCUCACACUGCUGAAGUGAACUGCCUUUCUUUUAAUCCUUAUAGUGAAUUCAUUCUUGCCACAGGAUCAGCUGAUAAGACUGUUGCCUUGUGGGAUCUGAGAAAUCUGAAACUUAAGUUGCAUUCCUUUGAAUCACAUAAGGAUGAAAUAUUCCAGGUUCAGUGGUCACCUCACAAUGAGACUAUUUUGGCUUCCAGUGGUACUGAUCGCAGACUGAAUGUCUGGGAUUUAAGUAAAAUUGGAGAGGAACAAUCCCCCGAAGAUGCAGAAGAUGGGCCACCGGAGUUGUUGUUUAUUCAUGGUGGUCACACUGCCAAGAUAUCUGAUUUCUCUUGGAAUCCCAAUGAACCUUGGGUGAUCUGUUCUGUGUCAGAAGACAAUAUCAUGCAAGUGUGGCAGAUGGCAGAGAAUAUUUAUAAUGAUGAAGACCCUGAAGGAAGUGUGGAUCCAGAAGGACAGGGGUCCUAGAUUCAUCUGCACUUGUAAUUUUAGACUGCCUGCCCUUUUCCUCUCAACCCUGAUAGUGAUUUAACACUGGUUCUGAGACACAGACUUUGUUCAGCUAUCCCUCUAUAAUAGGUACCAUCAACAAUGUUAUUAACCCAAUCCAAGGGUGUUUUCUAAAUAUUAACUGAGGGGCUUGAUUCAGCAAAGCCACAGACUUAAUAUUUAAAUUUUUUUCAGGAAUUUUCUAGUAUCAAAGAUCUAAAGUAGCCACUGAAAGGGGAAUAUUGUGUGUGGUUAUUUUAUUUUUCUCUGUAUGCCAUAUCCCCACAUUUUUCAGGCUCAUUUAAGUAAAGGCUAGAAGUAAAUAAGGAAUAGAGCCAAGAGAGGUAGGUGUGUGAGCCAUGAAGUGUAAGUACUGCAAGAUGUUUUUAUUCAGGAAUUAGGGGAGAUUUGAGUCAUAACUUCCUACUCUAAAAUCUUCACACCUGACUUUCCAGGAUGCACAUUUCCUACGUAGACUAGUCUCCUCCGUUUCUUAAGUCAAAAGUAUGUGUUCCUGUUUUCCAUAUAUUUUUGCUUGUUAGUGUAUUUCUUGAGCUGAUUUCAUAUUAUUUCUUUCCUUUCUGUGAAAUGGUUUUUUUUAAAAACUUGGGACCACCAAGUUGUAAAGAUGUAUGUUUUUACCUGACAGUUAUACCACAGGUAAGCUGUCCAGCUAAGUUGAGAAGAGUGAAUCUAUAGCUUGUAUUUGUUUUUAAAAUUAAAUUAAUCCUGGAUAAGAGUUGCUUUUUUUUUUUAGGAGUUAGUCCUUGACCACUAGUUUGAUACCAUCUCUGUUUUGGGUGACCUGUUUCACUAACAGGCCUGUUACUCUCUAUGACUAACUGUGUAAGUGCUUAUAAUGAAAUAAAUUGCUUUUCUACAUAACCCAA